AUGAAGGAACGACACAAGAUAUUGCUGCUGUCAAGUGCGGUUCUCUUUUCAUUUUACUUUGCAUAUGACAUUCCGUCUGCACUGAGCCAUCAUGUGGGAUUUGAGCCGGAGGAUGAGGUUGAGUAUAAAAUAACCUUGCUUUACUCGGUGUAUUCGUUGCCGAACAUAGCUGUGCCGCUGUUCUUUGGAUGGAUAACACACAUCAAUAAGUCCACAUUGGCAAAGCUGCUGUGUGCGUUUGUGUUUAUAGGGCAUCUGGUGUUUACUGCUGGUGUUUGGUAUCACAGCUUCCGAACCAUGCUCGCAGGCAGAUUUCUAUUUGGAAUUGGAGGCGAGAGCUUUGCUGUUAUUCAGAACAAGCUGAUAUCGUAUGAAUUCAAGGGCAAAGAGCUUGGCUUUGCAAUGGGGCUGUUUUCCAGCAUUGCAAGGCUUGGAACUGUUGCAAACUUCCUUCUCACCCCACUGCUUGCAGACACUCUUGGUAGAAUGUUUCCAUGCAUCAUGGGUGUUGGAUUGACAUUCCUUGGUCUGUGGAUAUGCUUCAAGAUCAAUCAUUCUGGAAGAUCCCAUAAGAUACUGAAGCAAAGGCUGCUGGAAAUACAAAAGGCGGGCAAUAAUGCAUCCAAGGAGCAAGAAGAAUGCAUUAAGCCUAUGUUUGAUGAUGCUGCUGGCAGCAUACUUUCUUCGCCAAGAUACUACGAGUAUGCACCCCAUGGAAGCAUCCAAGGUGUUGAUGGAGCAUACGCAACCCCGUUCUUCCAUGACUACGGCGAUGCCAACUACAACAGCUCUUCAAUAAUCAACUCCACGUCUAAUCCGAUUCUGUCCGAAAACCCAUUCCUGCCGUGGGCAAAAAACACAAGUGAAGAAACAACAAUCAAGAGCAGGAUCGAGAAAUCAAAUCCAAAAAUAUUGUUUGAGGAGUCAGGCACUCUUUUCUAUGAGCCAAAAGUUGAGGGAAAGAACACUUGCCAUUCUGCAUUCUAUGUUCUUGUUGCAAUAUCGUUUAUGUUUGCCCUAGUGUGGGCGCCCUUCUACUCUGUUGCGCCGAUGCUAUUCCAGAAGAGAUAUGGGCUAUCUACAAUCUCAUCGGGCAACAUCCUUGCAAUAAUCGAAGGAAUUUCGCUUGUACUGAUCACUUUUACAAGCACAAUAACAGACAUCUAUGGAAUGAAGCUAUGGCUUAUUGCAGCAGGCUGCAUACUUUUUAUUAUGGGGCAUUCUGGAAUAUACUUUGCAGUGAUGUCUCCGCACUUAUCUGCAGUGAUGCUGGGGCUUUCAAGCCCUCUUAUAGCGUGCUACUGGCCAUGCAUCCCGUCUCUUGUAUCUGAAGAAUCUCUUGGAACUGGAUUUGCCACCAUUUAUUGUAUCCUCAAUCUUGCAUUUACGUUUUCUCCAAUAGCCGUGGCGUUUCUUGCAACAGGAGACAGCUCAUACGACAGUGUGGAGGCGUAUAUCCUUGCAAUCGGAGCAUGCUCACUCGUCCUGACAGGGAUUCUUUCAUACCUGAAUCUAAAGCAAUCUCUUGGAUUGAAUGCUAAGCCAGUCAGUAGAGCCGACGAUGACAUGUAG